UUUUAAGAACAUUAUCCAGCUGCGCUACUGCUGCCGUCAUACUCUCAGCCCUUUUGUGUAACUUAAUCCCGCCAAAUAUCGAUGCUUUUAGUCUCUUUUCAUCGAGAAAGAAUCUCCUGAAGCGAAGCGAGGUGUAGUGUCUCGGUAUGUUAAUGUAUGUAGUGUGUUAACCAGGCAGUUAUUAUUGGAGUGUCUAGCUAACAUUAGCCGGGUCAGCAGAGGGUAAAAAACUAUUUUUUUAUUCUCUUACUGUACUAUUUAUUUUAUAUUGCUUGUAUUUAAAAAAAAAAAAAAAAAGAUUUGAAGCACAAAGGGAGCAAACAGGUUGUAAAUCAUACAAGAUGGAGGGAGAUGUUGGUGACUUCCCCACUGAGCCAUCAGAGCACUCUAAUUCCCAGCGAGAAAGUGUGGCUUCCUCACUCACCAGAGCCCAGGAUUUAUUGGUGUACUUGGCGAGUGACAGCGCAGUGCACUUGACUUUGGAGAAUCUUGGUGGUGUGAAUGCUCAGGAGCUCGGUCGCAAUGUCCGGGAGGCCCUCGACAUUCCCAACUCUGCUGUAGAUGUGUUUGCUUUCUGGUUCUGCUCUCCCUUGCUUGAGCUGCAGUUGAAGCCAAAACAUCAGCCCUACAAGCUGUGUCGUCAGUGGCAGGACCUGCUGUACCGCUUCACUGAGGCCCCUGCAGAAGACAUUUCUCAAGAUGAGCCAAGUCUUGUGUUCAAAAGAAAUGUUUUUUAUCCCAGAUCAAAAGAACUUCAGAUUGAAGAUGAAGGAGUGUUAAGGCUGCUUUAUGAGGAGGCCAAGAUGAAUAUCUUAGAGGUCCGUUACCCUUGUGACCCUGAACACUGGUUGACGUUGGGAGCGUUGUCAUGUGCUAUUGAGCUGGGGAAUGGGCUAGAUGACCAAGCUGUCACAGCAGCAAUCAGAGAGAAGAAGUUAUCCUCCUUCCUGCCAGCCCAAGUUGCUUUAGGAGGAGGAGGUUUUCUGUCCACCCUGAGAGGGAGGGGAGGGCGGCACACUGAGAUGGAGCAAAAUCUAUUAAAGGAGUAUCGUUCAGUUUGCUCCUCCAGCCAGGAGCCCACGACUCUGCUGCACCAGUACCUCAGGAUCUGCCACACCCUGCCUUACUACGGAUGUGCUUUCUUCAUGGGUGAGAUAGACAAGCCAGCCCAGGGCCUCCUUCACAGAGGUGGCCGUAAAUCUGUGAAUGUGGGCAUCAGUCUGGAAGGAGUAUAUGUCAUGGAUGUAAAAGAGAAGCAUGUCCUACUUGGUCUGAAGUUCUGUGAACUUUCCUGGGAACACAGUUACCCUGAGACAGAGGGUGACUCGCAUAUACUCUGGCUGGAGUUUGAUGGGGAGGAGGCUGGCGUGCCAGUCAAUAAAUUAUUAAAGAUUUAUUCCAAACAGGCUGAGCUGAUGAGUGGUCUGAUUGAGUUUUGUGUGGAGUUACGCUCUGUCUCUGAGUCAGCAGCUACAGGGACUGACGGUGAAGUCACACCUUCCCAAGCACCUUCAGUUCAGGCGGAAGGCAGCGAGAAAACCCGAGAGAGACGGCAGGGCAAACUGCGCAGACAGAACAGCGUGGUCUGUAGCCGAGUACAUUCGCUCAGUACCAUUAACUAUGUUGAUGACGGCAAAGAGAUCAAGCGUCUGAAGCCAAAGAGAGCUGCUUCUUUCUUCACACGACAGGCGCAGCCUCCCACUUACUCGGCUGUUGAGGUGACUGAAAGUUUGGAGCAAGGGUGAGCCCCAAGCUUUAACACUGCCCUCUUCUGCCUGGUGACCAAAAAUAAAUCUGUCCAUUGAGAUUCUCAGAGACAAUGUUUGUUACACAGUACAAAAUUGAUCUAAAUGGACAUAUCGGACCAAGAUCACAAACUGAAUAGCUUAACCACUAUUUAUAGAUGAUUUGUGCAUUAUGUCACAAGAUUUCUCCGUUGGCCAGGAAAAAAGAAUGUGAAAUUUGAUUUAAUGUGCUGUUGUGAUAAACUAAUUAAGACAUUUUGGUUCAAAUGCAGUGGCUGUUAGACAGGCAAGGGAAGGGGGCUUGACAAACAUCUGAAAUCUUUGUUUAGAAUCUCUGAAUGUAGAUUUCAACUAUGCAACCAUCAAACCAAACUACAUCCCAGUGGCUGUAAAUCAAGAGUACACUUUGAGUCAUGCCAUUGAUACCGAUACAGAACUAGUCCUCCUGCACCAAAGCAAACAGUGAAUGCCUCUAAUAAAGGCCAACUGCUUCUAUACACAAACCAGGGCUCCUCUAUGGCAGAGCAUUGCGGAGACACCAUGGAGUAAGAAACAACAUUCCGCACUACAUAUCUACUGAAUAUGUGUAUUGUUUUGCUGUUGAUGAUAGGGCUUGUCUGCAUAUGCAGAUUUCUACCGAGCAGCAAGAUAGUUGUUACUACAUCAAAUAGAUUUGUAUUUGUUCAGUGAUGACCAAAGUUACAUUAUGACACAGCAAAUCGAGUGUAUUUGUAUAGUUACCUGAAACUUUAAUCCGUAGUGUGUGUGAAGUGUGACAGAAGUUUCAGUAGAAUGUAUCAGUGGUCCCACUACCUUGUUGCUCUGGAGAACUAUGCCUUUCUGAUGGAGGUCCCACAAGAAUGUCAUCUGCAUUUGUAAUAACGAAUGAACCUUUUAUAUGUCUACGUUCACUUUAGUAAAUAAAUAAAAUCACCAGUUUUGGAGGUAUUUUGUGAUGCAAUGUAAGAAACCCAUCUCUAAGCAUUGUACUGUAUUUCCGGGCUCUUUGAGCUGAAUGUACUUAACUAAAUGUAUCAAUUGUUUUGCUAAAUGAAUAGCAACACAGGGCUCGACAUUAAUGCUUGUCCGGGAUAACCACAAAUAAUUGCUAAGGAAUGCUACUUGUGAGAUGUAAUUGUUAGGUUAUCUGUUCUUAGUAUGAUCCUUAAUGUCCAUUUACAAUCUUUGCAACAUUUUACCUGAAGUACAAUGUAUGUACAGCUACAUGUGUGCUAUUGUAUGUCAAUUUGAAGCACUGUAAUAUGGUCAUCAUAAUCAAAUAUUCUUUCAUACUAGUGUUGAACAUUAAAACCCAUGACGUAUAUCUAUUAUACCCUGCAUAGACAAAGUGCAGUAACUACACGUUGUCAAAAUGAGUUUGUUGUUUUUUGGGGGACUGAAUUAUGGUUUCUUAGUCUAUGAUUUUUGAGUUGGUUCACUAUAUGGUUGAAUUUGUGUCCCUAAGUGCUUGUUUUGUUUUGCCAUUAAAGGUAAUGCACUUUUUAUUUGACAAGAGACUUAAGGAUUCUGGCAAGUAAACAAUCAAUUUAACUUGUCUGAAGGACAAGUACCUGGAAAGCUUAAUGUCAAGCCUUAAAAUAUUAACAGCUUUUCACUUAGUCUGUAUUUAUCCAUGCUUAUCAUCUACUGGCUUAAAUUGAUUGUGGAAUAUGCAUCUUUCUGUAAAUUGUUCUUUGCCUGCUCACACUAGAGACUUGAUCACAUUUAAAUGUGUGUAAAAUGAAAGUCUUUCAAAUUUUCUUUUGUAAUAAGCUGAACUGUGAAAUGAUAACAGCACCCAGUUGUUUUGAAAAAUGGACCAGCGGAAUGGUGGAAAAUGAACGGUCUACACUGAAUUCAGAAUUGUUCACUGCAUUGGUGCAAAGCUUUUGCACUGCCAUGAAGACAUUAAUCCCAAAUCUUCUGUAUUAUUGCACCAUUUAUUUUUUUUAAACCAUUCUAAUAUUUUUAUUUCAGUCUGAACAUGCAGGCACACAGUUCACGCACCCACAAACUGUUGUAGUAGUCACGUCUAUGUCAUAGAACUAGUAAAUCAGUCAGUACUAAUUUAAAGUGCCUUUUUAUAUGUACAUUUGUCCAUCACUAUAGUUUUAGCUGUCACUGUACGUCAUAUCAUUUUCUUGAAUGGUAUCUUCAUCACAUUUUGUUGUUUGUGAAUUUAUACACAAAUUAGCACUACCAAUUUUUUGUGUCUUUAUGAUUACCUAAAACCAUUUAUAUGCAACAUUAACCUUUUUAUUCCUGCUUUAUACUAACUUCUGAAUGUGACUUUAGAAUGGAUUUUAUAUUGAGGUUAUAUUUAAGUGAUGCCUGCAAUGAGGUCUUUAAAGUGUUUAUCAAAUUUAAUUGCAUCCUGAGGAGAAAAAAGUAGGCAAGAAAUAAAUGUAAC